AAUAUCCAAGAAGCCGUCGAACUCAGCCCUGCGUCGCCGUCGAACUCAGCCCUGCGUCGCCGUCGAACCCAAGCGUUGCUCAGCCCUGCGUCGCUGUCUUCGCCGGUGUGUGGUGUUCUCGCCUCAUCUCCCCCAUCCCGUUCAAUUCUCGCGCGGCCUGUCACUGAAAGAUAUAUUCUUGGUCGGCCGGGGGUUCAGCAUCUCCCCGUCGCGUCGUGGUUCCGGUGGUUGCUCGGCGUCGUGGUUCCGGUGGUUUCGGUAUGGCAUAGUGCCCAGGAAGAUGAGGAGAAUGGUUCUAAUUUAUUGAGGAGAACGACAAUUGGGAAUGGACCUCCAGAGGCUAUAUUGGACUGGACCCGUGAAAUUGACUCGGAUCUAUCCCAAAGUGCUAAUACUCAAGUCUUUUCUCGGAAGCAUUGGCGUCUUCUUCAAUGUCAAAAUGGGCUUCGUAUUUUUGAAGAGCUUUCUGAAGUUGAUUACCUUCCGAGGAGUUGCAGCAGAGCAAUGAGGGCUGUAGGAGUUGUUGAUGCUGCUUGUGAAGAUAUAUUUGAACUUAUAAUGAGUAUGGAUGGGACAAGAUUUGAAUGGGAUUGCUCUUUCCAGUAUGGUAGUUUAGUUGAGGAGGUGGAUGGACAUACUGCUAUUAUAUAUCACAGACUUCAGCUUGACUGGUUUUCUAUGUUUGUAUGGCCUCGUGACCUCUGCUAUGUACGUUAUUGGCGACGUAAUGAUGAUGGAAGUUAUGUUGUGUUGUUCCGCUCGAGGGUGCAUGAGAACUGUGGUCCUCAGCCAGGAUUUGUGCGAGCCCAUCUUGAAAGCGGUGGGUUCAACAUUUCUCCUCUAAAAUCACGAAAUGGGAGGCCCAGAUCACAAGUGCAGCACCUUAUGCAAGUUGAUCUGAAAGGAUGGGGUGUGGGCUAUGUCUCAUCAUUUCAGCAGCACUGCCUCCUUCAAGUGUUGAACAGUGUUGCUGGGUUGCGUGAAUACUUUUCUCAAACUGAUGAAAGGAUUGCUACCCCCAGAAUUCCAGUUAUGGUCAACAUGACCUCAGCAUCUAUGCCUUCACGAAAGAACCAAAAGUUUCAGGAUCCAUCCAUUCAUCCUUGUUCUCCUGAUCGGAAUAUUGUUCCGAAUAGAAACUCUGUCAUGAUGGAUGAAGACUCUGAUGAAGAUGAGGAUUAUCAAAUACCCGAGGCAGAGCAAGAGGGUUACCGCUCUCCGCCUGAGAAUGAAGUCAAGAUAACCGCUGUUGAAGAACCAACCGAUCAGAUUGAUUCAACUAUGUUCUCGGGAACUUUGCGACGAGACGACAAUGAAAAUGCUCGCAAUUGCUGGAGAAUAUCUGAUGGAAAUAACUUCAAGGUUCGCAGCAAAAAAUUCUGUCGUGACAAGUCAAAGGUUCCAGCAGGGAAACCUUUAAUGGAUCUUGUUGCUGUUGAUUGGUUCAAGAAUUCAAGUCGGAUGGACCAUGUUGCUAGACGUCCAGGCUGUGCAGCACAGGUCUACACUCCGAGGAUUGCGCCUUAUGCGAGGAAUUUGAUGUGGUUCGUGAGCAAUGGGCUAAGUUUUUUACCAACAAGUAUUUAUUAUUGGCUUUAGCGCGCUUGAUCGAGUUGGUUUAGUUGUUAUAGAAUAAAUUUUAUAUUAAAAUGUAUGUUUAUGUUGAAAUUGGAACAUAUAUUUAAAUGUAAUAUGUGCACUUUGGUUUUGGGAUAU